GCCGGCGGCCGGGCGCCUAGAGGUGCAGGGGGAAGGGAAUGCGCCUCUGGGGUCCUCCAGUGGGCCUGGCGCCUCCACCUUGGUACCGAAGUCGGGGAGAUCGCAGUUUGAACACCCCCACUCAUUGUCCCUGGACACCGGUUCUCUCCCUUCCUCCUGCAGACCAAAAUACCAGGCCUGGCUGUUCUUCUGCCUGACUCCAGAGUGGAAUUUUGUGGCUCUGGAAGCCAUUCUGACCCACUGCUUUGGCCAUCACGAGGAGGUGUGGCAGGAUCCUGCCUGCCGGGUAGGGACAGACCUGUGACUUGUUCCUGCCUGCUGACUUGACCCACAGAGGCCCAUGAUGGGUGAGUUCAACGAGAAGAAGGCAACAUGUGGCACUGUCUGUCUCAAGUACCUGCUGUUCACCUACAACUGCUGCUUCUGGCUGGCUGGUCUGGCCGUCAUGGCAGUGGGCAUUUGGACACUGGCCUUCAAGAGUGACUACAUCAGCCUGCUGGCCUCAAGCACCUACCUGGCCACAGCCUACAUCUUGGUCGUGGCUGGUGUUGUUGUCAUGGUGACUGGAGUCCUGGGCUGUUGUGCCACCUUUAAGGAGCGGCGGAACCUGCUGCGUUUGUACUUCAUCCUGCUCCUCGUCAUCUUCCUGUUGGAGAUCAUUGCUGGCAUCCUGGCUUAUGUUUACUACCAGCAGCUCAACACAGAGCUCAAGGAGAACCUGAAGGACACCAUGACCAAGAGGUACCACCAGCCAGGCCACGAGGGGGUGACCAGCGCAGUGGACAAGCUGCAGCAAGAGUUUCAUUGCUGCGGUAGCAACAACUCACAAGACUGGCGGGACAGUGAGUGGAUCCGCUCCCAAGAGAAGAAUAACCGCGUGGUCCCUGACAGCUGCUGCAAGACUGUGGUACCCGGCUGUGGUCAUCGGGAUCAUGCCUCCAACAUCUACAAGGUGGAGGGCGGCUGUAUCACCAAGCUGGAAACUUUCAUCCAGGAGCACCUGCGGGUCAUUGGAGCCGUGGGCAUUGGUAUUGCCUGUGUGCAGGUCUUUGGCAUGAUCUUCACCUGCUGCUUGUAUAGGAGCCUCAAGUUGGAGCACUACUGACCUCGGGGCCAGGCCUGGCCACUUAAUCUUGUGCCAUGUGUCCCACCUGACUACUGAGUUAAGACUGCUGACUGCCAGGGUAGUGGCUGACCUCAUGCCAUUGCCCCCGCCUUUCCCCACCAUGCCGUCACCAAGACCCCUGGCAACCCCACCCCAGGGAUAGCUUCAAGUGCCUUUCCCUGCACAUCAGAGUCCUAAGGCUUGAGGCAGGGGCCAGGAAGGAGGCUGGGGGCUUUUGUUGGCCUGACUGGUAGAAUGGGGUUUAGAUUUUGACAAAAGUGCGUUUUGCCCACAGACCACCUCCCCUGGGGCAGUUUGUAGCUUGCAGGAAAUUUGGGAAGAACCUGGAUAUACUUCCUGCAUGGUGGUCAGAGGCAGGUCAUGAGGGAGUCUUGGGAGUAGGGAGAAGGGGCUGUCCUGAAGGAAUGGACACCUAUUGUGCUUGCCAGUACAUGUCUUAGAGCCCCUUGGCCUCAUCUAACUGGGGAAAGCUGAGGAGGCCCUGCCCUCUACACAAGCCUUUUGCACCCCAACAGCCUCAUCCCUGGCUCAUUCAUUCCCACUGCUGUUAACACCAUCCAAAAAUUCUGUCACUGUACAGUUCUGUUCGAAUGCCCCUGAGUGAGGGGCAGGGUUGUUUUUAUCUACUGCUGUAUCCCACAUGCCCAAAGCUGCUCCUGCUACUUGUAACAGGUGCUCAAUAAAUGUGUGUGAACCGUU